AUGACAACAGUGCACCAAGAGGUUUAUGACUUUGAAGAAAUUCAAGCAAGAAAUGCCAGAAGAAAGAAAUUUCUAGAACAGCAGUGUUACUUUUCAAUCAAAAACCUCACCAGAAACGAAAGAUACAUGCACGGGAAGUUACGUAAAAGUAUACUUAGGGCAUUAAUGACGCCUAAUCAAACAAUACUAUAUUGUCGAGUAAGUAAAGCAGGCUCCACAUAUACGAUGGACACUCUUAACAAAAUAUUUCAUUGCGAUAACGAUUGUUUAAGAAAUUCUUCAAAAAGAAUCGGGGCGUUGCCGUAUCAAAGGAAAAAAGUCGCAAUUAGAAAUUCUUACAAGUUUCUCUUUGUGAGAGAACCAUAUGGUCGAUUAUUUUCUACAUAUUCAAAUAAGUUUUAUUUCCCAAAAGGAUAUUGGCAUCCAAUAGGUACCACUAUCGCAAGAAAAUUUAGAGAGAAUCCAUCAAAGGACAGUCUAGAAUUCGGCCACGAUGUAAAGUUUUCUGAGUUUAUACGAUAUGUUGUGGAAGAAUUUGAAGUUGGUUACAAAAUGGACGUACAUAUCAGACCAAUGGCUGCCACGUGCAAUCCUUGUAGAUAUGACUUUGAUUUUAUUGGUAAAUUAGAAACAAUGUCAUCAGACUUUGCUUAUCUGAAAAAUGAAUGGAACAACCGAAAUAUUAUUAAGAAAUCUCGGGAAGAUCUAGGAAAAAAGACAAAUUUAUUUUCAGCAAUGAAAUAUUUUAACUUAACCCUGAAGAAGAUAAAUGGAUCACAUAUUGAGAUAUUUACCCUUUACCAAAGGGCGUGGAGGUACUUCCAAAUAACAGCAGUCAUAUCUAAACAUGUUGACAUGCCAUUUUCCAAGAAUAUGAGUAUUAACCACGAUGAUUUUAUACAGGAACUAGAAAAAGCUAAACAAAUGUCGGUUGUGUAUAAUACUACAACAGUUAAAGCUCAAAAACAUGAAGCGAUGGUACAGGCAUAUUCUACCGUUCCUUUGAGAUAUUUAGAACGAUUGAAAACUUUUGUCAGAGAAGACUGUUUGUUAUUUGGAUAUGACGAGAGUCCUACAUGGUUAUUUGACAAAAAAGUUUCACCCAAAGUACCAGACACAUAUAACUAUUUCAUCGGCCUUGAUUGAAUUU